CCUAUAGUGGACGAAAUGGAAACUGAACAUGGAGAUACGGAUAGCACAGUCCAUAGAGAUUCAGUUCCAGUUUCAAACAAUCACGAAGAAUUAGGAACUUCAUCUAUCUCCGCAUCUUUUCACAUGCCAUGGAAAUUUGUGCGGUCGUGUGCGAACACAAUGGUGUAUACUCUGAUCGGCGGCAGUUCCUUUGUGACUUUGUGGUUUGGGAUGAAAUCUCCGAGCGAAAUGACAAUUUUUCAGUGGCAUAUUGUGCUUUGUGUGACUGGGUACCAACUUCUCAUGCCAUACGCGAUGAUCUGUCUCCAAAGUGAUAGUUGGGCGUCAGCAUUAUCAUUUACACACCGCCGCCGCGCGCAUUGGAUAAUGCAGCUGGUGGGGUCGAUACUGGCCUUCGUAGGGUCAGUCCUCAUGAUGUCUCGCAAGACUGUCAACUUUAAUACGCUGCAUGGAAGGUUCGCUUUGGCUGCCCUACUCUUCACCGUCGUGAGCCUAGCCAACGGACUCUUCUCACUUUACGCCAGCCAACUGCGCCGCUACAUGCCUCCCAGACUUGCCAUACUCUCGCACACACUAAUUGGCACUUUGGCCUUCUUACUCUCUUCAGUUUGUCUUGUUUACGGAUAUCUGAAACACUCCUUCACGGAUUGGGCAUCGCGGGAGUUUGCUUACGUCCUUAUAAUCAUAACUUGUAGCUAUACUUUUUUAAUAUGUUUCUCACCGAUAUGUAAGAUUUGUAGGAAACUUUUUGAAGUGGUUAAGGAUAAGAUGUUUUAA